CACGAAGACACUAUGAAAGGCUACUACUUCCAUUCGAACAGUACAUGAGAAGCAUCGAAGAAAAUUCUCAUUUUGUUCCCCAGCGAGGGCGUCCUCGGGUGAAGAAAAUCUACAGAGACAAAAACAAAGACAGAAUCGUACAACUCUGCCCUCAAAGGACUGAGACGCCAUUAGUAAAAACAUCCAGAUGUGAGACGGCACAAAACAUUCCAGAACAUCUUGUGGCAGCGAAUGACAACAAGAAAUUUGCCAAUGGCCCCCCACGACCUACAUUAGAAACUAACGUCAUACCUUGUGAAGUGCAAAAAGAAAAUUUAGUAAAUGGUUUUUACAAGAAUUCGGAAGAAUAUGAGAAACGAUGGAAACAUGGCUGGGUGGUCGUAACAAAUGAAAAGCAGGGUUCAAGAGCGCAUCUAUCCCGAAAUUUACCGACAACAUCUUCUCACAAUGCUAUGUUUCGAGAAAACUUGGAUGCUUCACUCAUAGCUAGCGGACAUGCCUCUGGAAGCCGCGCAACACACGAAAGAAUCGAAAACAAAUAAUCCGUUAUUUUUUUCGAAUCUAAUCCACCCAGACACUUUAUCGUAUUCGAAGAAUAAAUCGGCAAAUUAUGCACCCUCCUCUACCUCGUGCAGCAGUCCACUAUCAAACAAUUCUCAUUUUAAUGGUUUGCCAGUGCCUCAACCAAGGAAUACAACCUCUUGUCUGCCCACUGGGCAUAGAUAUACUGGACAUCUUUACGAUAAAGAAGAUGGGCAUAAGAAUCUCUCAGGAAUACAACAGCAUGGUGUUAAGGGAGUUACCGAUUCUAAACUUCUUAAUAUUCCAAAUAUUAUUUCGUCAUCGGUCUUUCGAAAAACUUUGGCACCUCAUUCUUUGUCAACAAGUCUAGCACAAGAGAGUAAUGAUAAAUGUCUUGUGGAAUCUCGAAAGGCCCUCAUUAGAAACGGAUAUCAUAUGGAUCCAGGACAUCGUCAUCCACAGAGUUCAUUACUAUGUAGUCGAGAAGAAAUAAACGAGUCUAGUCUACGCUUUUCUGUCAUCCAUUACCCCAUAUCAGAAGCAUCAGCAUUUGAAAACUCUGUUAUCUCUCAGCCAAUUUACGAAAGAAUAUCUCCUGUUUCAGACCCUGAGUCGUUAGAAGAGACUCCACAAGAACAAGAGAGGAUUGAAAACUCUCCGGCAAGAUGGCAUUCUUCAGUAAUAUCAAAAAACGGACGUGGAUUCAAAGAGAAUGGUCUUUCAUCAACCAUGGUAAACCAUUUACCAGAGUACAGUACAGGAGAAGGACAACGAAAAACUGACAUCAGGGGACCAUCUCCUGUCUGUGGAAGAAUAGCAGACCCCAUUCCAAGUCGUCUACCGGAAGCUGUAGCAGGAACAGUGCGGGAUUUAUCAUUUAAACUUAGUAAGCAAACCUAUUUGUCUAAUCUAGGGGGAAUACAGUAUUAUGCUAACCCACACUUCACACCUAGGACCUCUAACAGCACAUUCACUCCAGCUAGGUCUUUCUAUGCUCAGUUAAAAAGAACAAGAAACGAUUAUCGCCCAUUAUCUCCUGUGAUUGCUCCAGUCUCUCCAGUUACUCCGACAUCUUCACCACCACUUGACCAGAACUUUCACAAUAUCUACGCUUCGCCAGGUGACAGCAUAGAAGAUUGUGAAGUCUUAGAUUUAAGUCUAAAGAAAAAGUCAUGUAGUAGUAGUAAUGCUGGCCAAAGCUAUGCGCAAAAAGUUGAAAAUUUUAGUCACGAUGUAGUUCAAGAGGAAUGUUUGGAUUUAUCAGUAAAGAAACAGCAACAAGAACCAGUUGAUUUUACAAGUACCUUGAAAUACAGAGGGCGCUCUUUGCAACCAAGUUCAGUCAGUCAACAAGCAGCUUCAUCGUCAUCAUUCACCAGUACGUCACGAUCAUCAUCACCAUUUUUCAGUGGCUCAUCAUUUUAUGCCAAAGUUUCCUCGAAUGAGAUUAAUCGACAUUUAGUAAUGAAUAAACACAUAGGAACGGAAAACCCAACAUCUUUUCCGCGUGUUCCAUUUCUAGAACGAGAACACACUAAAACGUUGGGCCAAGAUACGCAUAACUCUACAUUUUCAUCCAGAAAUUUAUUAGAAACUUCUCAAACGAUUCUGUCGUCUACGAGAACUACUACAAUUAAACCCACUCCUCAGAGUCAUGUGACUGCAUCAAUUAAACCUACUCCUCAGAGUCAUGUGACUGCAUCAGAGUUGUCUCCAAGCCACCCUCUUUGUAGCCGUUCUCUAGAAACGUCCUUUCCGAAAGGUACACGAGCAGAUAUGAUGACACACAGGGAGAUACUGAAUUGUAGCAACCUUCGAGGAGAUCUCCUUCACUCUGUUCCACCUCAUCUGUGUUCCAUGCUAUUGCAAGACACCGAAUUUAAAACUGAUCUUAUUAAGUGACUACAAAAACGGAUAGGAUGAAAAAAUGAACAUUUUAAAUUGGCAUACCUUUACAAAUAUAACUAAAAUUUAUGAUGAAAAUGACAAUAUAUACAUAAGUAGUUGUCUAACAUCUUUUCUUUAUAUUUUUCCCGUUGUGUUUUUUUUUUAAGUUUAUAAAGGUCCACUCUACACUUUCUUUUUUUUAUUAAGGUAUAUGCAACUGAAAGUAAACGGAUCAAACUAUACGUACCUAUAUGAUAGCAGCUUAAUUGUAAUAAUACAUACAUAUAGAUCAAUAUAAGGGGACCACGGACAUUGAGACGUUACGUACUGACAAGCAGUAGGUAUAAAAGAUGACAUAUUGCAUGUAUAGGUAGGUUAGAUAGAGAAAUAAGGUAGGCUGUUGUAUUUCGUGCAAUGACAUUUUUCUCAUAAAAUGUUACAUAAUAGUGUGCGUCGAUUUAUAUACUUGUGGAUGUUUCACGUGUCUGUUUGAUGGGGAAGUGAAAAUUGUAGCUGUUUACAAUGUUUCUAUUGCCAUAAAAUACUAUGGGUUGCCUUUCUUUGAAGGUGGCUCAGAUAUAAUUUUGGCCUUACCUUUUAAACCAUACUGGAUAAAUACAUCAGUUAUGUUCAGCAGUUGUUUGUCUAAAAUUAUAUUAUGAUAUGGUAGAAUUAAAACCACGUUAAGGCACAGUUCUGGGUUAAAGAUAUCAGUUGAAGAGAGGUAUGUUCAUAUCCUCCUUUUUUUUAACAAGUAGUCUAGAUAUUAUAUAUAUAUAUUUUUUUUUCAAUUUUAAAAACGUAAAUAUAAUUUUGCCUUAUUAUUUUUCUAAACUGAACUUUAUUUUGAUUCUCUGGAUGUGCAAUUAUUGUGACAUAGAAUAAAAUAAAAUGAUAUUUGUGAAGCCGGGUUAUUUGAUAUAGUUCAAAAAUCAAGUAGCUUUCCACAAAUUCCAGAAAGCGAGGAAAAUGUUAUAAUUCUUUCAUUUUAAUCUGACUGGAUGUAUUGGUGUAAAUAGUUAAUCACAAACAAUUUAGAUAUGUUGAAAUUUAACACUUUGAUGAAAUUUAACUUCACUCAUAAUGGUUAAAAUUCAUGGUAUAAUGAGCUUGUGUGGUAAUCAAAUACUUUGAGCGUUAAGAAAAGUGCCUUACUAGCACUAGUUGUGAGAUUUAACCCUUUAGCUCAGGUGUAAGAGAGCUUUAGAUUAGGUUCGAGAACAGGUCUUGUUUGUGAGGAGAGAGAACUGUGUUAGCCAGGUAGAUUGAGAGUUAAGAAUAGUCUUAUUAGCAUUAGCUAUGGGGUUAACUCUUUAGCUCAGUAAGAAUAGUCAUCGUUUGGUGGUUUGACCCCGUGACCUACGAAAAAACAAACAAACGGGAUUACCGCACUUGCUACCACAUUAACUUGUAUCUUAAUUUUUAAAUAUACAUUAUUUGUCUAUCCUGUAGACCUUUUUUGGAUAAACUGUGUUUAUGUAUCUGAGCCAAAGCCUUUCCAAACGUGCCAUCUUGAAGUUACCAUCAUUUGAAUGAAAGAGUUGUGACAGAAUUUAAUAUGCUUUGUCUACUUUGAAAACCAAAGGUGGCGUGCAGAAGACUGAUUCACUUAAAUUAUCUUUGAACAAAAAUAAUUUUUACUUUGAUAUUUAUUUCUGCACGUAAUAACUUAAUAAUUAAAUAAAUCAGGAUUUAAUACUCGUUUCACAUACUUUUUAUAUUGUUUUAAAAUUUUUUAAUUUACGCAUAUUUUAGAAGGUCAAUUUGUUACUUCCAAAAGUCUACGAACGACUUUUCAGUAAUCUAGAUAUGAUAUCUUAAUAUUUUAUAAUGAAACUGCCAUGAACUCUGAUGAGUACACUUUUUUAUCGAGUGUCAUUUGUAUUUUUUUAUAUAUAAAAGUAUUAAGGUCUUAAUAUUGUUUUUAAACUGCAUCCCAAUAACGAGGGCAAAGAUUUGGCUCUUGGCAAUGUACGAUGUUAUGUAAAAAAGAAACUCUGAAGUUAUUUAUAAGCAAUUAAAACAAAUUGUCAGUAUCUUUUUUUUUGAAGUGACAAAGACAUUGUUAGCUACGGAUAUGUUUGCCGCUUUAUUUUGAAUGAAAAUAUUUGAUUUUGUUGUUAUUUUAGUAAUACGGAUAUAUCAUGCAAUCUUUCAUAUCAUAUGUGUACAUGCACGGUUCAUUCUAACAACGUGGACAAUAGCACGAAAGGGCUUUCUACUUCUAUUUGUUUGUGUGAUGUAGUAGCCCUAUUUAAGGAUGUAAUAUAUUGAGCUUUAUAAUAUUUUGUAAUGUGUGGUUGACAUUGUAUAAUAACUUGCAGUGUUUAGUAAAUUGUGUUGU